AAAAAGGUUAGCCAGAUGAACCUCAUCGAAGUCUUGUCAUUAAGCUUUGUUGACGAAGUACAUGUAUACAGCAAGAGUCGGCGUAAACGUUUGAAAUGACAUGGUCUACAAAAUUUUAUGUAACAAUAUUUUGCAUGGAAUGGAUAUCUUAUAAUAAUAUUAUUUAGUAUUUAGGAAGCCAGCCAAUUAUUGAAAAUACACCGGAAUUAGUGAUUUAAACCUAGGUUUCGAAUGAAUCAUAACCAGUUUAAAUUCGACUUUCCAAUAGAACAAGUUUUGGAAGAAUGGAAGACACUAGAUGAAAAUGAAGACAUACCGGCUGAAGAUCAGGAGAACGAUAACGAUGAAUCGAAUAUUCUUAGUCAAGAAUCCUUUUUUGCUCCUCACUAUAAAGAUGGUAUUGAAUAUUUUUCCAUAAAAAACCCUGAAAAAGUAAAGCAAGAGUGGCUUGAAGCUAGAAAAUUAAUUAUACCACAUAUUCAGAACGUUGUAAAGCAUCUAGUUCGAGAAAAAUUUCAAAAAUGAUUGAAUAUAUGAGAAAUUAUUCUUUCCCUACAUUUUAAUUUUACUAUUCACUGUUAAUUAUGUCAUUUGAGUGGGUUUUUGUUAUGACCUUGAAGUUGAGGGUUCAAAACUUUUCUCCACCCCGUCGCCAAUUGUUAUGGCUUUGUAUGUCUGGUUUUUCUAUCGCACGACUUAUCUACCAAUCCGAAUACGACUUAUACGAAUCUUCACACUAGGCCAACCAAUGACG